AUGCUUCUACUGUUCCGAAUGGGUUUAAAGCAAUAUAUUCAGAGGCACCGCUGCGGUAUUCUUUGCAUAUGUUGGAUUUGAUGCCGUUGCUAAUUCAGCUGAAGAAUCAAGGAAGCCUCAGGAAUCUUGGGAAGCUUGCUUAUAUGUGCUGGAUUAUACGUUGGAGUUUGCUUGGUGAAACACCGGGUUGGUUCUCAAAGAUGAGUAUUUACUAGAGUUGCUACCUAUUUCAAAGAUGAGUAUUUGUUGGGUUGGUUCUCAAUUGUUUUCAUCUUCUUUUUUUAUUUACAUAUCUGCAGAAAGAAUUCCUUUUCCUUCUUUUUGGCUAAAUUUUUACGAAAAAAAAAAAAAGUACUCUUGCUUUUGUUAAACAGAAAUGAAAAAGGGUAAAAAGUAUAAAAGCAGUUUCGCAGAAGCAAAACAAUGGUGAAAUGGGCUUCCAACGCAGGGUAAAUGGGCUAAGAUAGCCCAAAACGACUUUAAAUAUAGUCCAUUUCACCAAAAUGACUAAGAAAAACCCGACGUCCCAAAACGACUUAAAAAUCUUCAAUUUACUGCGUUUCCUUCAUAUCAUCAUGAUCGCCAUUUCCCGCUCUGCCAUUUUUCCUAAACUGUUCCUAAAUUUCAGUAUUAUGCGUUUGCUUCAUAUUACUUUUCAACUGCAGAAAACUACCCAUUACAUGCGCCUUUAUUUCAUCCAGUUUCUGUUUAGAUUUGUGUUUGCUUUCGAACAAUUGAAAUGGAAAAAGGAAGAGAGUCUAUCAGCACUUUAGUCAAGAAUAAAUUUGGAACUAGAAUACGUGUUCGAUUAAGUCGAAUUUGGAAUGCAGGUAUUGAUGCUAUGGAUGAGAAAGAUUUGGGUCUUGAUGCUGUGGCAAUAGAUGAGAAGGUGAGGAAAGUUUUCGAUUUUUAUUAUCUGUUUAGGUUUCAAUUUUUUUAUUUAAAUUGUAGUUUUGAUAUCAUUGCGAAUCUAAUUCUGUAUGGUGAUGUUAUCCAUAUUGUUAUGGAAAGAAAGUGUGCCCAAAUUCACAGAAAAAAUUUGAAAGAAAGUCAAAUUUAUACUAUCACCAAUUUCAGAUGUGUGCAGUCUUUAAAUUAUAGGCCUGUUUCAUCUAAUAUUAGAAUACGGGUUAAUGUUGCUACUAAAUUCCUUCUUGAGAGUGAAAAUGUUGCUUCUAUAUUACCUCAUAAAUUUGAAUUCAAGUCCUUUCAAGAGUGCAAAGAAAGACUGCAUCAACUAACAUAUUUAACAGAUUUAAUUGGUGUUUUAACCAAAAUUGAUGAUAUGGAGGUAGGCUACAGUGCGUGAGAAUCAAAGUUACCAUGUAAAAUUUGGUUGAUGGAUUUUGAAGAAGCAAAAUUUUCUAUUAGUCUAUGGGGAAAAGCAAAGCAGCAAAUACGACAGUUAAAACUUUGGGAAAAGGAUUCAACACAAAUUGUUAUCAUUACCUCUUUAGCUACUAAACAAUUUGAUGGUAU